AUGAGUUGACCGUUGCAGAUUAUGGAGAAUUGAUCGUUCAAAGGUGUCAUGAAAAAACACAAAUCUCUGAAAGCAGACCGGAAAUUGAAAUCAAAGCGAAAUGAUGAAUCAUCAAUUUUUGGAUCAUUAUUUGAAGAGAAUUAUGAUCGGAAACUCGAAUUACCAAGUUUCUCGAAGGGAAAAAAUGAGCUUGAAAAGAUUCAUUCAUCGAAUGAUAAGCUAAGAAAGAAAAUUGAGAAACGUGACAAAAAGCUGAAGAAAAAAGUUGAGCGUCAGAAAAUUGUAGAGGCUCCACAUGAAGUUUCCUCUGACAAUAGCAGUUUUUUUGAUUCAGCAUCAGACUUUUUUUCGGAUUGUGAGGAUAAGAAAAUCAGCAUUGAUGAGCAUAAAUCAAACUUUGCAAAGCUUCAGAGAGUUAAAAGGUUUGUAAAAAAUUGGUCGUCCGAUGAAACUGAAGAUAGUGUUUCAAAACACUGUGUAAUGCAUGAAAAAUCUAAAGAUAUCAGCCACGACGCGAAAUUACAAAAAUCCAAAAUUAAACACAAAAAGCGUUCAAAAUCACACAAGUCGUCAAGGAGGCGCUCCAGAGAUGAUAAACGUGAAUCUGCGUACUGUGAGCUCAGUGAUGAUCCUGAUGUAAUAUCGAAGUCCAGUGCGAGUUACUUUUAUGGCCAUGGGCAAGCUGUCGAGAAGGAAACUAGCCUUGAACUUAGAGUUCGGGAAAACAAAGAAUCCUCCCUGAAAUUGAAAUUAAUGAAUACUUAUGGCAGUGAAAAAGAGCAGCCAACGCUCAAACAUGAACGCAAGCGAAAAUCAUCAGAGUGUGUCAGCAAUCACAAGCACAAACGAAAGUUGAAAGAAAGUUUUUCUUGCGAGGAAGAUCAGGUGCUUCAUAAAAGAGAAUUGAAAAAGAAAAGCAAAUCUCGAGAAGAGCCUAAAAGGAAGAAAAAAAAGCGAAAAGAUAGCUGUGAUAGCUCAGCUGCUGCUUUCAAAUCAACCAAGAUUAAAUUAAAUGUUUCAAAUAACGUUGACCGAAUUAAGUCUACCAUCGAAAAAGAGAAUGGUAUAGAUGACUCUUCGGCAAAUGCAUUCGUCCAGCCCGAUGAAGAUGGAGUCAAGGCCAGUGUGGAUGAAGUCAAGAUGAAGCAAGAAGAUGUAAAAACAGAGAAUUUAGCAAUGGGUCUGUCAUCUGAAACCACUGAAACACAAGAGACAAAUGUUACAGAAAGUGUAAACGAAAGAUCCAAUCAAGAUGAUUACGAUAUCACAGCAGAAGUGAAGAAUGAAACUAAUGAGAGUUUAUCUGCUGACAACGAUGUAAAAAAUCCUAAUGAAGCGAUGCGUGAAAGGUUGAAAACACUUCUUGAAAAGAAAGAUUUCACACCAGUCGCACCUGAAGCUCCUCUGCGAAAUCUGAAAAUUGAGGUCAAGCCUGAGAAAUCAUCGGUUCUUAGCUCAGUUCCAGCAGAUAGUUUAAAGAAGCGAAAGUCAGUUUCCAUGUCUCUGAAGCCGAAUAAAGCUCCAAAAAUAGAUAUAAAAAAGAACCUAGCUCUUUCUAAGUUUCUGGUGCAAUCUGAAAAAGAAGGCAGAAUAGCUGUUUUCACUCCCAAAACGGUGCUACAAAUUAAACCUGAAAGUGACAGCGAAUCCAGCGAUUCAAAUUGUUCAGAUUCCGAAAGCGUUGUCUACCAGGGCUGUGCCAACAGGCCACAUCCGCCUUCUUCUGCUUCCGCUGGAUUCGGAGUCUCAGCGGUUCUUAAAACGUUACAAGCUGUGUCACCACAAGUAAAGGAAGAACUCAGUGAACUGAAAAAGGAAGAAGUUAAAGAAGAGCCCUCUAUUGAAGGCGAUUCAAUCUCUACUGAACUUGAAAACAGUUCUGGCGUCGGUGAAGCCAAUCGUGUGAAUGGGAGUCGCGAAGAAUUUUCAAGUAGAUCAGUCAGGCCGGAAGUUGCAAUAAAAAGUCAAUGUAAAAAUGAAAUAAGUCAAGACGAAACAACCGAAUUUGCGUCAAAAUGUGAACCAAUUGGAGUUGAUGAUAAUGACACUUUAAACGAAGGAGAUCAGAAAAGUGAGUUCGAAGAUGAGCGGAGAAGUGACGAGGAAGACGAAAACGAAAUCAAUUGGUUCUGCUCCCAAGCGAAAGAUUUCCUGAAAGCUAGCAUAUCAGAGGACGUGGUUCUAGAACUGGAUCAAUUAUAUGCAGAUGGAUUGUUAACAGAUCCAAUCGGCGAGGAUGUUAUCAAAAAUUUAGCCGAUAUUGGAGAGGAAUUGGGUCUGUUUAUUGUACAACAAUUUCGAGAAAGUGAUAUGUCCAAAGUGAGAAAUAGGACUUUGUUCUUCAAAGGUAAAGUUAAACUUGCUGUUAUGAAGGGGAAAACAUUGUUAGCUGGUGCUGUAAUUAAAAAACCUCAAUCGGCAGAAGAAAUUGCGAGGGAAAAGUUGGCCUUGAAAAAAGAACAAGAAAUGAAAGAAGAAGAAUUAAACAUCGAAGAGUCAAACAUUGAAAAUGUCGAAAGUAGCGUCAGUGAUAUUGUCAGCCCAGAAGAAGAAACAGAAGUUAAAAGUGAAAUAAAUGAAGUUGAAACCAAACCGGAAUCGAAUACUAGAAAUUUUGCAAUUCCGUUUGAAGAUUUUUCAUCUGAUAAAAGUACAACUGAAGCAAGUUUCGCGACAUCAGAGCCAAUCAAAAUGAAAGACGAGAAAGUAAUUUCAAUCAUAGAUAUGUCUGCAUUUGUUUCCACGGCAGAACCGAGAAAAGACGAAGGCGAACAGUUUGAUUAUGCCGACGACUUUUUUGAGAGACCGAAUAGAUCCGUUGAUGUACCAACGACGAAAACCGAAUCUGCUGCUCCAAAACCAGCAUCAAAUCCACCAUUCAUGGCUAAGUCGGAUGCAAGUCUAAGUAAAUCAACACCGUUUCCUAAAUCCACGCCAAUUCCAAGUAUUCCUCCUCCAUCUAAGCCCAGUGGUGCUAUAAAAAUACGAAGCAAACGUGAAAUGUCGUCAAAGCGUGCAGGUCGACAGCAGUCGCUGAAUUGCAAUAACGAAAGCGCGAGCUCGUUUAAUAGCGAGGUAGCCACUUUGAAUCAAAUUAUAAUUUGUGGAGCUGGUCCCUCAAAUUACGUGCCGCACCAGGAAGGCCAAUAUACGCCUACAAAAAUGCAGCCGAAUUAUGCAAAGUUAGCUGAGUUAAUACAGGUUACAAGAUAUAACUAUGACGAGAGCAAUCCGUGUAUAAGGUGUUUCGGCCCACCAAAUGAUUACCAUAUGAAAAAUCCAGGCCAGGAUUGCAAAUUAUUUGUGGGUAAACUACCCUGUGAUGUUUUUGAAGACGAUCUGAUCCCUGUUUUCUUCGAAGCGGGCAACAUUUUCGAACUCAGGGUUCUGUUGGACCCGAACACAGGUUUGAAUAAAGGUUUCUGUUUUGUAACUAUGUGUACUAGGAUUGAAACUGAACGAGCUUUGAGAUUACUGCACGGGAGAUUUAUCAGACCGAGGCAUAAAAUGAUCGUGAAGCGAGAGGUUCCCUUCAAUCAACUGUUUUUCUGCAAUAUCCCUAAAGAAAAGUCGGAAACAGAAAUCUUAUCAGCUUUUUCAGAGUGCUAUACGGGUAUAACAGACUGUGACUUAGUUUAUAAAUCGAACAGUAAUGGUGCUAAUUCUGGUUUCUGCAUUUUAUCAUUCGAUUCUUUCCAUAAUGCGAAAAUCUGCAGACAAAUAGCUCAGACGCAGCCUAAACAAAUACCCUCUUGGGGAGGUUACAAAUCGUAUUGUGCAGAUUGGGUACUGCCUGAUGAUAUUUUACAUGACAAGAAACCAGAAGGCUCCAGUACAGUUUUGGUGAAGAACUUGAAGUUAAACACAACUGAAGAUGAGUUAAAGGAGCAUUUUUCAAACUACGGUUCUAUUCAGAAAGUAGUUGUGAGAAAUCAUGUGGCGUUUAUUGUGUAUCAAUCUUCAAAAGACGCUUUGAAUGCCCUACGUUCUUCCAUUGUGGACGGAAUUCCCGUUGAGAUAGUGGACAACGAUCCAGAAAGUCAAAAAUGCUCUAAUGACCACAGAUACGCAUUCAUUCAUAUUAGUGAAUUUUCGCAUGCACGCAGGUAUAAUGCACUUUUUGAGUUCAAUUCCAUUUAAUCUGCUGAAGGUUAGGUAAAUUGCAUUCUCCAAAUACAAACGUACAAAUGGCGCGAAAAAACGUGAACGACUUCCAUUUUCGAAAAUCGAUU